AUGUAUUCCCACAUAGUCACUUCCCUGCUCAUCGAUAUUGCGGUACAGGUGUUUGAAUUUAUCAUCACCAUGCCUGAGACUGACCCAUACACUCAGUUGAAGAAGGCGUUAGGCACCCGCACAGCUGCGUCGGAUGAACGUCGAUUAGAUGAAUUGUUUGGGGACCUCGAAAGCGGCGACCACACCCCGUCCCAGUUGUUGCGACACAUGCGGCAACGCCUCGGCACCCGCGUACUUGAUGACGCCAUCCUCUCACCUUUAUAG